AUGCCUCUGAAUGCCGAUGAAUGCGAUGGAUGCGAUGAGAGAGGUUUGACGGAGGACGUGGCGCGAGAGCUCUGCCAACGCUUCCGGAAAUCCUGGGAGCUCUCGCUCGGAGAUCUCGGCCAAAGCUGUCGAGCAGUCGCCGCCUCGUGCAGCGGCCAAAGCAAGCUCUCAGAUGAGGCUCUGACUGCGGAGGUAUGCAGCUGGCGCCAAGCAGACAUCCAGCAGAGACAGUCCCAGUUUCAAUCAAUGGCACAGACUGUUGAACGAGUUCAAAUUCCCAGUUCAAGCGUCGAGAAGCUGGUGAGAUCAUGGUUGGAUGCAUCUGUGGAGGAGGUGGAGAGGAGGACGACUGACGUUCGCGAUGGGCAGCUGUUCAACGAGCGUUUCUUGGCUUCUUUCCCGGUUCAGGGUGACACUGCGCUGGAGCAAGCAGUGGCUGCUGAGCUUCAGGGUCACGCUAAACUGUUGGGAACGUUCCUGAAAUCGGAGGUUCCGCUUCAGACGAAGCGUGCUUGCAGGAAGCAGCUUGGUGCCACCAUACAGGGCGGCUGCGAGGUCCUGUCUGAGGCAGUCGUGGAGGCUCUCUUGGAGGCUGCUGCUGCCCUGAAGAGCGACGGCCGCUGUGUGGAGGCCUCACGCCGGCUCUGGGUGGUACCUGCAGUGGAAGCAGCGCAAUUGGCGAAAGAGGUGCCCAAGGCAUUGCAGCCGAGCGCCGAGUCCAUGAAGGCUCCACUGGCCUUUCCAUCAAGCCUGACCGAUCUGCUUGGCAAAUUCCGCAUCUGCUUCACGCCCUUGGAAGUCUCGCUGCAGACUCUCGAAGAGGAGGUGCAGAAAGUCAGCAGCAGCUUGACAGGUUCUUUCACGACAGCACGGAAGGCCGACGGACAAGGUCACGAAGACCUCGUUUCGCUGCUCGUGGACGGUCAGUUUGAGGCCGCCGUCAAAAAGACCUUCGCUUCUGCAGAUCAGGCUCUGCCGAUGUGGCUGUGCCGCGAGGCCCUUUCGGGGAAGUUCCGUCGCAGGAGCUGGCCGUCUCCCGGAGCCUUCCUGCAACAGGCACCGGAUCCGCUACCGAGUGCAUCCCUUCGGUGCGAAUUGCUUACCAGGUUCAUGAAGCUUUCUUCGGCUGCGGACCUUCCCCUGGAGGCUGCGGAGCAGAAUCUCGACUGGGUUGUCUGCCUUGGCGAGGGGCUGCAGCUGCCCGCUGCCGACUUUGCUGAGUUCACUGCUGACCUGCCCAACUUGCAGCGCAUCGUGAUCGCGCUGGUCCGCUUGGAGGUGCCUUCGGCGGCGGCUGCUGCCUCGGACGCACAGCAGCAAAGGCUAAAGCACAGUGCUCGGCGUGUGGCGGAUGUGCUCCAGGCCAUCGAGGAGUUGCCAGAUCAGUUCCCGCUCGCUUUCCAAUAA